AUGCAGACUGCAGUCUACUCGCAAAUUGAUGGCCUGGAGAUCAAGGUAGGUUUCCAGGCUCCUCCUUCACCGAAACAUGGCAUCCUCCCAGGCGUCAUAUUCCUUCAUGGUGGAGGAAUGGUAGCUGGUUACCGCCGGGAGUAUCUCGAUUGGAUGAUAGAAUCGACCCACCAGAAGGGCAUGAUAUUCCUCUCCGCGGACCAUCGCCUCAUCUACCCGUCGACUGGCUUCGACAUCAUCGAGGAUAUGCGAGCACUCUUCGCGUUUCUCAGCGAUCCAUCCUUCUCGACGGCAUACCUCCCAGACGGCAUAUCCCUCGACCCAACCCGUCUCGCUGUAAUGGGUUCUUCUGGCGGAGGCUACGCCGCGAUGGCUGCAGCGCUGUACGCACAGCCCAAGCCACGGGCUGUAUAUCUGCUAUACGCCAUGGGCGGCGAUCACUUCAGGCCCCCCCUGUACUGGGGCUAUUAG